AAACAUAAAUCCAUUGCAAUUAGAAACCAGUGACUCUACAGCCAGGGCUCGAUGGCGAUGUAAGAUAGAAAGAAUGGGGAGUUAGGGCUUCGGUUUCCUCUGUAGCCAGUUUCAAUUCCAAAUCAUUUGCCGACAUGCGGACUCACUUCUCUUUUAUGGGAUGACUUUUAUUAUCCAAGUUGUCUAUUUACGUGGGUGAAUCAAGUACAACAAGUCAGGUCAGAGCUUGUGGUAGAAGAUUGGGCUCUGCUACACAGAUCCACUCAACUAGGAAAGAAGUACGCAUUGCUGACUGACUGUUUGAACGAUCCUAGUUACUAGUAGCUAAUCAAGUCAGAGUAGGGUGGCCGAGAAGCUUCUUGCCGGUGCCCCCAAAAGCAAAGCACAGACUCUACUCACCCACGCGUUUUCCACCUACGGAGGGAGAAAUCAUCGAAAUAUCCUCAUCCCCUGAAAGGGAACCCGAAAACAGGACGAGAGUGGAUAGGGUGACUAAGGAGGCCGUAAAAAUUAGUAGUGCAUUUUUGAAAGAUAAGAUUACAAAAAGGCGAGAGCAGCAUAAUUGUUAGUUAGGGGUAAGAGGGGACGGGCCCGUAUAGAAAGUCAAUCCUUCUUUUUCCGAUAUGCCGCUCCGCAAGCAAGGAGUGCCACGCACGAGCGGAGCGAAAACUAAGCAAGGGGAAUUCCGUCAUUCCAUGGAAAGCAUGCGAAAUCCUUUGAUUGUUUAUAGAAUCAAAAUAACUAUAUAGUCUUUCUUGUUCCACUUGCAAGGCAAGGAAAAUAAAAUGUCAGUUUCGUUAUUACAACCUUAUUUUUUUAUGUCAAAGACAAAAAGCUACGCGCAAAUUCUCAUUGGAUCUCGGUUGUUCUUAACAGCGAUGGCUAUUCAUUUAAGUCUUCGGGUAGCACCACCAGAUCUUCAACAAGGUGGAAAUUCUCGUAUUUCGUAUGUACAUGUUCCUGCGGCUCGGAUGAGUAUAGUUAUUUAUAUCGCAACAGCUAUAAACAGUUCCUUGUUCCCAUUAACAAAACAUCCCCUUUUUCUUCGCUCUUCCGGAACCGGUACAGAAAUUGGUGCUUUUUCUACUUUGUUUACGUUAGUGACUGGGGGGUUUUGGGGAAGGCCUAUGUGGGGUACCUUUCGGGUGUGGGAUGCUCGUUUAACUUCUGUAUUCAUCUUGUUCCUUAUUUACCUGGGUGCACUGCGUUUUCAAAAGCUUCCUGUCGAACCGGCUCCUAUUUCAAUCCGUGCUGGACCAAUCGAUAUACCAAUAAUAAAGUCUCCAGUCAACUGGUGGAAUACAUCGCAUCAACCUGGGAGCAUUAGCCGAUCUGGUACAUCAAUACAUGUUCCUAUGCCCAUUCCAAUCUUGUCUAACUUUGCUAACUUUCCCUUCUCUACCCGUAUCUUGUUCGUUCUGGAAACACGUCUUCCUAUUCCAUCUUUUCCCGAAUCUCCCUUAACGGAAGAAAUAGAAGCUCGAGAAGGAAUACCACUAAAAACCUAGUUCGCUCUCAAAUAAAAACCUAGUUCACUCGCUAAAGCAUCCAUGGCUGAAUGGUGAAAGCGCCCACCAACCUAGAAAGGCAAAAUGGGUCAAAAAGUAGGUUCGAUUCCUGCCGGAUGCACUGCCUCUUAAAGACAGAAACAGAGGAGGGAAAGAAGGUAGUAUAGGGAACUUGCUUUUGGAUUCUUAUCGAAAGUGAAUCCCUCUAACACUUCUGUUAGUGUUUUAUGAGAAAAUCUUUUAUAGACACAACAAGUGUGAAAAUCCUUAGUCACUAGGCAAGAAAGCUCGAUGGGAACAAAAAGGAUACAAUUAGUUCAGAAUCAAAAAAAUGUACAAUUUCAAAGGAAAGAAGGAAUGGCAAGUUUCCCUCCAUUGAACAUCAAUCAAUCUAGAAAUAGGUAAAGGAAGGCGUAUCACAGGGGUAUUUUUCUUUUUUCUAUUCACUUCCGUGGGGUUCUAAAUUGAAAACAUGAACACAAACGAAAUCGUAUUGAAAUUACAUAAAAAAAGAAAAGGGAGGAGUAGCUCUUGGUUUAAAGAAAAGGGAGGAGAUGGAUCGAAUUCAGUCUUUUUCCUUUCUUUGAUGAUCUUCAACACAUCUAUUUGAAUUCCCUGCGAGUGAAGGAUUUCUCGUAUGGAGAAAAACCUCUUGAGCGCUAUCUGAUCUUAUUUUUGUAUUUCAAAUAUGGGACCUGCCUUUUUAAUGG